AUGUCUGCAGGACGUCCAUGCGAUAAGGAGGGGAACUUCGUUGAUCCCACCACCAAGCCGCACAAACAGUUCCCUCCGAGGAAUAACACAUCACCGUAUGAGACAGUCGGCGCAUUUCGAAUGGCGGACUUCGUCUAUCGCAAGGUCCAAAUGUCCGCAGGCGAGAUUGACGAGCUCAUGGAGAUUUCUCGCGAGGAUGGGGGAUUCUCGCAUUUCCGUGACCACGAUGAUUUGUACGACACAAUCGACGCGACAGAGACCGGCCACAUUCCGUGGCUCGCCUUCGACGUCUCUUACGAUGGACCUGAUGCAAACGAACCCGGCGCGCCAUCAUGGAAGCGAAAGUCAUAUCGAGUUUACCACCAUGAUGCCCGCAAGAUUAUGCAUCGUCAACUGGGGAAUCCCGACUUCAAAAACGAGUUAGACUACGCGCCGAAACAGGUCUACGAUGCGGAUGGAGGGCGGGUAUAUCAAGACUUUAUGUCGGGGCAGUGGGCAUGGCGGCAGGCGGACGAAUUGGCCAAAGAUCCUCAAAACCAUGGCGCUGUGAUCGUACCCGUCAUUGGGGGGAGUGACAAGACAACGACCUCGGUCGCAACGGGCCAGAACGACUUCUAUCCGCUCUAUGAGGGUAAUGGCCUGACCCCGAACACAGUGAGACGAGCCCAUCGGAAUGCGAUGUCGCUUCUGGGAUUCUUGGCUAUUCCGAAAAUUCUCAUCGUCUGGCAGCCGACCGCGAGCAUGACCAGAGCAAAGAGUUUCGGACGUUCCGGACGGCAGUUGUUUCAUGCGUCGCUGAACCAUAUAUUCAGCUCGCUAAAGCCAGCUAUGAUAUCGCCCGAACUCGUGCUCUUCGGUGAUGGUCACUAUCGAUGGGUUAUUUACUGUCUUGGUCCGUAUAUUGCAGACUAUCCUGAGCAAGUUUUGCUGGCGUGUGUUGUCCAGGGGUGGUGUGCUCGAUGUACCGCGUCAAAUAAGAAUCUUGACGGUAUUGGUGGAAGACGAACACAGGCACAUACGGAAGCGCUUUUCGACGCUUUUGACCACAAAACACUUUGGAAUGACUACGGAAUCAUUCCGGAUGUGCUGCCAUAUACGUGGGACUUUCCACGUGCAGACAUCUAUGAACUGCUCUCACCGGACCUUCUUCACCAAGUCAUCAAGGGGACAUUUAAGGACCAUCUCGUGACAUGGGUCGGCGAAUAUCUGGAUGCUCAACAUGGCAAAGCAUAUGCAAGUAAAAUUAUGGCUGAUAUUGACCGGCGAAUCGCAGCAGUGCCACCAUUCCCUGGACUUCGUCGUUUUCCCGAGGGACGGGGAUUCAAGCAGUGGACUGGAGAUGACUCAAAGGCUCUAAUGAAGGUCUACCUGCCUGCUGUCGAGGGUCAAGGAGCCCUGGCGCCGGUCGAGCAAGUUCAAGCAAUCGAGCAAAUCCUCACCAUUAAUAAUCGCCUUGACGCUCUUGCCGCAACCCGAGUCAAUUUCGAGGAACGUGGACUUCUCCGACCGACCGAUCCCGAUCCAGUUCUUCCUACCCUUAACCCCACUCGCCCUGAUCUUCUAGCAGAAGAUGAUGACGAUAAUCCGGAGAUGGAAAAUACUGUCGAGGCGACUGUUGUAUUGGCUAAGCGUCAUUUCCGAACAUAUCCCAAGGACCCGUUUCACCUUUCCGAAUUCCUUGGCUUUCCCGCGCUCCCAUCCCUUAUCCGUCGUUUUCUGCAUGGCCAGACAUUUCCGGAUGACGACCUUGAUCUUGUUGAUCCCCUUUCAUAUCCAGACGUCCCGGCUCGCAUCAAAGUCUUUCCCUCAGCAAUUGCCGCAUUCCAUGCACCCAGUGAUGUCUGUAACUCGGCAGGCCUUCUCCGGGAACGUAUCCGGGCGGGUGCGGUCAUGGCGUGGUGCCGAACCCCGAUUUGA